AGCUUCCACUGCCGCUGCAAUGGACCGCUUCCUUUCUUCCGACGAGAUAUUGGCCACUGUAGUGCCUGUCGUGGUUUACUGGGCGUACUCCGGGGUGUAUGUGAUGCUCGGCUCCGUCGACAGGUACCGCUUGCACUCGAGAAAGGAUGAGGACGUCAAGAACUUGGUCUCCAAGCGCGACGUCGUCAAAGGGGUUCUUCUGCAGCAGCUCGUGCAGGUUGCUGUCGCAGUCCUCGCCUUUAAGAUCAGCGGAGAUGUUCACGGUGCAGGCGGCGCGAACGGUGGCUCCACUUCAUGGCUUGUGCUCGCGAGGCAGUUCGUCGUCGGCAUGUUCGUCCUCGACACAUGGCAGUACUUCUGGCAUCGGUUCAUGCACCGCAAUAGGUUCCUGUACCGCCACAUCCAUUCAUGGCACCACCGCCUCGUCGUGCCCUACUCCUUCGGAAGCCAGUACAACCACCCAGUGGAGGGCUUGCUCCUGGACACCUGCGGCGGCGCGCUGGCGUUCGUCGUCUCCGGCAUGUCGCCGAGAACCUCCAUCUUCUUCUUCUCCUUCAGCGCCAUCAAGGGCAUAGACGACCACUGCGGGCUGUGGCUCCCCGGGAACAUCCUGCACCUGUGCUUUUGGAACAACACGGCGUACCACGACGUCCACCAUCAGUUCUACGGCAACAGGUACAACUUCUCGCAACCGUUCUUCAUCACAUGGGACAAGAUCUGCGGAACUCACAUGCCUUACAAGCUGGAGAAGAGGCCCGGCGGUGGUCUCCAAGCCCGGCCGGCGAUGCCUUACACGAGAUCGAAGAGUUCAGUGCGAUAACGCACUGUAGCUAUCACUUACUCUCGUCAUCGUCUUCAUGCUUGUCGAUAUGAUCGCGGGUGAUUCCUCGUGCAGUCAGUGGCACAUCAGUCCAAUGACUGCUUAUAUUGUUUCUCUUAAAAAGAAUAAUUCCAGUGUGCUUGACACCUCUUACGUCAAUUUUCACUGUUUGGACCACCAUUACCGCUGAGUGAAUGCAGAAACACCGUCAUGGAGGGCACAAGGCGAUGUUCUAACAUUCUGCAGUACUUCAUGCACCUACCUCGUUCUCUGCAAGAAUAAGCCCUGCUGAUGAUGGCUGUCAUGGAGGAGAAUGCACUUAUCCGGGAACAGGUUCCUUCAGAAAAGAUGGGUGUUGUCUAAUUCUCUAUCAUAGUUGAAGAUCUAAGAGGAACUUCAAUAUUUCCUGACUUGUCAACUACAAAGAUCUUUGUUUCGAUCUGGAAAGGACUAGCACACUACAUAUAUAUAUACAUAGUUUGCAAGGACAUAGCAGCUCAAGAGGCUACUCUGUCUCCUGCCUUACCGUGAAGGCAGAUCCACCUAUUGGCUGCAACCAUCACCAAAUCCAACAUCUUACUGCAUGAAACCCAGCAUUAUGAUUUCUCAUGGAAGUGAACAAGAUGUUGCCAAAUUGCACGCAGUCUA